CUUACGUAAGUGUCUAGCCCUGCUGGCUGCUCAGUUCUGUGUAUGUGUGUGUGGUUGGGAUGAUGAGAGUCUGAUUAGACAACGGGUCAACCUGUCUAGUUGUCUGAGAGAGAGGAUGAGUUAUGUGGGCGUGGCAGAAGAGGAGGGCGGAGAACCUACGGAACUACCAGUAGAGGAGGAUGGUACAGUUCUCCUGACUACUCUUGCCGCCCAGUUUCCUGGAGCAUGUGGUCUCAAGUUCAGAAAUCCUGAUACUAGAGCCUGGAGAGGGAUUAGAUUAGCAGAUGGAAGAUUGUUUCCUCCUGCAGAUACAGGGUGGGGAAAUCUUAUUUGUAUUGCUGUUAUUCCUAAAUUAGAAAAUGUUGAGAAGCUACGCAAGUCGGAGGAUACGGGAGAUAUGAACGGACGGAGUAAACGAAAUGAUCGCAGUAAAUGUUCGGAUCUAAUUGUUCUGGGAUUACCUUGGAAAACAUCGGAACAAGAACUUAGAGAAUAUUUUGAACCAUUCGGUGAGGUUCUCAUGGCGCAGGUUAAAAAAGAGAUAAAAACCGGACAGUCUAAAGGAUUUGGAUUUAUAAGAUUCUCUAGUUAUGAAGCUCAGAUGCGUGUUCUAGCUCAACGACAUAUGAUUGAUGGACGAUGGUGUGAUGUUAAAAUACCAAACAGUAAAGAAGGGCAGGUUCAGCAGGUUCCUUGUAAGGUGUUUGUUGGUCGAUGCACUGAGGAUAUGGCCGCAGAGGAUUUAAAGGAAUACUUUGCAAAGUUUGGAGAAGUCACAGAUGUUUUUAUUCCAAAACCAUUCAGAGCUUUCUCAUUCAUCACAUUUCUUGAUCCGGAGGUUGCGCAAUCUUUGUGUGGGGAAGAUCAUAUAGUAAAAGGAGUAUCUGUUCAUGUAUCAAAUGCUGCUCCUAAAACGGAUCCAACCCGCCAGCAUGCUGGCUUCCCCAGGGUUCCGGUUCAGGGCAGGGACAAGGGACAGAGCCCCUUCGGUCCCCAGCCCCCUUACGGGAAUGGUGGGGCCAUGGGCGUAGGAGGAGGAGGGGGCCAAGGAUGGAAUACAGGAGCUGGACAAUCCAGCAAUAAUCCUAUCCCUGGUCUUCACGGUCUAAACCUGGGUCCUAUGCCGGUCAAUCCAGCUCUAGUAGCUGCUGCACUGAACCAGGCUAGCUGGGGUUUGAUAGGUAAUCUACAGGCUCAGGGAGGUCAAACCCCUGGAGAACAUAGUUUCCAACCUCCUACCAGCUCAUUUCUUCCUGUCACAGCUUCAGCAGGGGGACCUGGUACUCCAAUAGGAGCUCCUACAGGACCGGGAGCAGCUCAUAUAACAACGGUUACCAGUACAGGACCACCUGCUAACUCACCAGCCUUUCUUACAGGUGGAGUAAGCGGAGUAGGAGGUUGGGGUGGAGAAGGAGGUGGAGUUCCUGGUGGUACUCCUGCCCAGGGAGCUGCUGCAGGGACAUGGUCCUCUCAACCUAGAGAUAGACAAGGCUGGAAGAAUUAUGAUAUGUGAGGGAGCUGAGGCAUACCGGUUCCAGAGAGAGAUCAUUUUCAUUGAUCAAAUGCCUAAUGAUCAUUAAAAUAAUCAAUUUCUUAAUGAUCAUUUGUAGUCGUUGGAUCAACCUUUGCUUUGUUUUCCUUGAUCAUCUUUAGGAUUAACUAAAGGUUUAAAAUCAUCUUAAGCUUUAGAGUCAUCUUCAGCUUUAGAAUCAUCUUCAGCUUUGGAAUCAUCUUCAGCUUUGGAAUCAUCUUCAGCUUUAGAAUCAUCUUAAGCUUGAGAAACAUCUAUAAGCUUUGGAAUCGUCUGAAAACUCAGAAUUAUCCAUAGCUUUGGGAUUAUCAUAUCACUAAGAAGGUAUUUUGCUGGAGAAAUAAAUAACGCCCUUUGCUGCAAGAUAUCCUCAAGAUGAUCCCCCAAGUUCUUAUGAUCAAUGAUCAUACAAUUGAUCCAUCCAAAUCAGAAAACACCAUCUUCAAAUUAUCAAAAUUGUCUGUUAUUUUGAAUUCGUCUUUAAUUGCAUCCUUUAAUUGAUCAAGUUUGAGUUUGUUUAUUUUCUGUUAAAAGUUAAUCAAGGCGAUUCAAUUAACUAUUUUAAGCCUUCUUGCAGUGCUUAGGAUCUAGAUCCGUUAGAUCGGCACUAUUUUGACUCCGUGGAACCGGAUCCAAAGGGAAAAGGCGGUUAAAAAAGAUAGCUCUCAAAAUAUAAUUCUUAUUUGUUAACUUUUUAGAGAUUAAUUAACACUGUCUAAUCUCUGAAUGGCUUAUUUUGUUUCAGCACGAAAAUACGCAAAAAAAAGCAAAGCAAUUGUGGGAAAAAUUUUGUUUUAUGAAAUUUUCACUAUGGAGGACGAGGAUCCGGAUCCGGUUUUAGAUCCAGGUCCAUUUUUUAGGACGAAUCCAGGAUCCGCAUGAACAUGAAAUGGAUCCUAAGCACUGCCUUGUUGUAUGAAUUGUAACCUGUAAACCCCAGCUGUAUAUCAUGAUUAUUCAAAUAUCCAGCUGAUAUGUGCUUGAGAACGAAAAGAUCCUUGAAUGCUUAAAUUUAGAGUAUUUCAAGUAUGUUGAAUGCCUGAUUUAAUAAUUGUAUGUAAGAACCUGUAUACAUUAAUGUCAAAUAUUAAUUGUAUUGAAUGUUAUUAUAAUAUCCCUAGGUAAAUGUACACUUGGUCUAGCUCAAUGAGUGUAAAACUAAGGUAAUGGUUUGUGCCAUGUAAAUGUAAGCAACCCCUCCUUAGUUCUAUACCUCCUUGGUCUCGACUCCAACAGUAUGUAAAUAGUAAAUGCUUAACAGCACUCUAAACUUGUUGUUUUCUCUAUAUAAAGUUUAUUAGUCAAUAUUUCAAUAAUUACACACCAGAUGUACACAGUGUACCAUACGCCAGAUUGUACACUGUACUUUUCUUUAUGUACUGUAUUUACACCAGUCUUACACAGUGUACUCUUCUGUAUGUACUGUAUAAUUAAAGCAUGUCUCUCUUAUUUAAAUAUUAUAAACUAACCCCCCUCUCUCCAUUAAAAUUCAAUCUUCAAAUAUCAACCCCUUUUAUUUCCACUAAACUGUAAAAAAAAUGUUCUAAAAAAUGUUAAAUAAGCAUGUUUCAAUGUGUAUAUCUGUACAUAUCUCAUUAUUUAUUUGGAACCUUUAUUAUGUAACGUACAUGAGAACUAACAGAAAUAACAACCUGUAUUCGUUUCACCCUGAAUUCGUUACAUACUUCAGAACACACUUUAUUCUUUACAUACUUCAGAACACACUGUAUUCUAUACAUUUUUCAGAACACACUGUAUUCUAUACAUUUUUCAGAACACACCGUAUUCGUUACAUUCUUUAGGACACCCUAAAUUCGUUACUUACUUCAGAACACUCUGUUUUUGUUACAGACUAAAGCACAUCUUGUUAACAGAAAUAAUAAACUCUACAGUUUUCAGCUGUUCAUUGUUCAUGUUCAACCUAGUAACGUGACUUACAACUGUACAAUUUACAACAUUUUUACUGUUCAUUUGUACACCUGAACACCUAUAAAUAUGUUAACUUGUACACCUGCACACAUGUAAACAUGUAUUCCUGUACACCUGUUCACCUCAUGUACAGAUAUACACAUGUACAUCUGUACACAUAUACACAUGUACAACUUUUGUACAUCUGUACAUCUGUUCAUCUGUACCUCUGUCAUUAAUCUGUACACAAACAUUUAAAGCUUAGUUAAAUAUUCCUAAUUCAAAAAUUUGCAUCGAAUUUAAUAAAAAUUAAUAUAAUAUAAAAAUAA